UUACUGGACUUGCUACCAUUAAGAUCUUUUUUAAUACAUUCAGAAUAUUAGGUAAAGACACAGUGAAACGUGGCCAUAAAGCAAUUGUCAUGUUUUAAAGUCUUUGUAUACCUUCUUGAAAUUGGUAACUCUCUUGUUGAGCUAACGACACUGACUUAUCCUUGUAUGAUUUGUGAAUCUACGUUAUGAACUUCAGCAUACAGCAAAAUAUGAGAGCAUGAGCAGUUGUCAUUUUUACAUAUAAGUGUAUACUGGGAGAUAUGUGGGGUGGGGUUUCCAGAUUUUAUGAUGGUUUCAUGAUUUGAUGAAACUAUAGCUAUAGUCAACUCCUAUGAAAACCAAAUCUUGCAAAAGGUAAUAAUGACAUCCCUUUGUUCAGGAGAAGAAGAGUGUGUUCUCCAGCUUUGUGGAUAGGAAAUGCACCUGAAUAAGGCUUAUACUGGUAGCUUUCUUAGCGAUUAAACAAACUGAUGACAUUCUUCUGUGUUUCACUUCGUUUCACAUUCUCAAAAAUCUAAGGACAGCCACAAACUAGAUUGUUAUAAAUAGUUCUCAGUUUCUGCUGCGGUAUUAGCAAAGCUCACUUGUCACACAAAAAUGGUUGAUAGCUUUUCUUAAGCACUAUGGCACUUGCAAGAAUGGCACUCAACUUUGAGAAAUCAAAACUUCUGAAGGUUUGCAGAAGAUAGUAAGAGAACCACCAAGAAGGCUAUUGCAGUAUUGUUAUAUUUUCUAGACUACUGAUCAGUCUUGAUGCUCUACUCUGGACUGCAGCAGCUAGUUACCCUCCUGCCUGUGCUAUGGACAAAGACCCUGCAGUGGAAAUUACUAUUGCCGAUAUGUAUCAUUCCAUAUCUGAAACCAGUCACCCCUUGCAAACCGAGGAACAAGAAAUGGGCAUUGAUCCUUUGCAAAGUUAUUUGAACAAGCCAGAGCAAGGAGGAUCUAAUGAAAAUGGAAGCAUACACCACAGCCCAGAUUCUGAUGGAACAUUUAUUUCUUACAGUAAAGAAUGGGAAGAACUAUUUGUAAACAACAAUUACUUGGCAACUAUACGGCUGAAGGGGAUUAAUGGGCAGCUGAGAAGCAGCAGGUUCCGUAGUAUUUGCUGGAAGCUAUUUCUAGAGGUUCUACCCCAAGACAAAAGUCAAUGGAUUAAAAACACUUCAGAGUUAAGAACAUCUUACAACAAGAUCAAAGAAAUUCAUAUUACAAACCCACGGAAAGCAGGACAGCAAGAUCUGAUCAUCAACAAUCCACUGUCUCAGGAUGAGGGGAGUCUUUGGAAUAAAUUUUUCCAGGAUAAAGAGCUUCGAGCAAUGAUUGAACAAGAUGUGACAAGAACCUUUCCUGAAAUGCAGUAUUUCCAGCAAGAGAAUGUGAGGAAAAUUCUUACAGAUGUUCUGUUCUGCUAUGCCAGAGAAAAUGAGCAGUUGCUUUAUAAACAGGGUAUGCAUGAACUUCUAGCUCCCAUUGUCUUUAUCCUUCAUUGUGACCACCAGGCUUUUUCACAUGCCAGUGAAGCUGCACAACCAAGCGAGGAAAUGAAAGUUCUUUUGAAUCCUGAAUAUCUGGAACAUGAUGCCUAUGCAAUGUUCACACGUCUUAUGAAGACUGCAGAACAUUGGUUUUCAACUUUUGAACAUGACAGCCAGAAGGAGAAAGAUCCGAUGAUUACACCUAUGCCAUUCGCGAGGCCACAAGACUUAGGCCCAUCUAUUGCUAUCGUAGCUAAAGUAAACCAGAUUCAGGAUCAUCUGCUAAAGAAACAUGAUAUUGAGCUGUACAUGCAUCUGAACCGACUGGAAAUUGCUCCACAGAUCUAUGGACUGCGAUGGGUAAGGCUCCUGUUUGGACGAGAAUUCCCACUUCAGGACCUUCUAGUUGUCUGGGAUGCUUUAUUUGCUGACAGUAUCACCCUGAACUUAGUUGACUACAUUUUUGUAGCCAUGUUGUUAUAUAUUAGGGAUGCCUUGAUUUCAAGUAAUUAUCAGACCUGUUUGGGACUUCUGAUGCAUUAUCCACCUAUUGGAGAUGUUCACUCCCUUAUCCUAAGAGCACUUUUUCUCCGAGAUCCAAAGAGUGAAAGGGAAGACUCGACAAGGUAUCAUGGGCCUUGCUGGAGUCUUAAAAUCGAAAAUCCAAGACCAGUGACUCACCAAUUCCAACAGAAUUUAGAUUAUUACAAAGCACGUGGUGCAGACUUGAUGAAUAAAACCCGUGCCAGUGCUAAGGCUGCCCCACUGAACAUUAACAAGGUCUCCAAUAGCUUACUCAACUUUGGCCGAAAGCUCAUUGCUCCAGCCAUGGCGUCAGGUAGCGCUGUGGGCCCUCCCGGCAUUGGGGGCGGCGGCAGCUUCCCUCCCGCUGCGAUGCCCGUCAGAGGCACAGUGGAAGCCCCCCAGUAUCACCACCACCACCACCACCACCAGGCACAGCAGCAGAGGAUGAUGAAAUCCGAAAGCAUGCCGGUCCAGCUGGGCAAAGGAGAUGUAGUUACGGGCAGCGAUGCUCAGGUGUCUGGCCCUGCGCAGCAUCUCCCAGCCCAACCAGGCCAAAAUACAAAAAACAUCAGUUCAUCUCCAAGCAUAGAGAGCUUGUCUGGAGGACGUGAGUUUACAGGAUCUCCUCCUUUAUCUGCAUCCAAAAAGGAUUCCUUUUUCAGUACAAUCUCGCGUUCCCGUUCCCAAAGCAAAACUAUGAGCAGAAAAGAAUCUGAGGAGGAAUUGGAGGCCCAGAUCUCAUUUCUACAAGGACAACUAAAUGACUUGGAAGCGAUGUGCAAAUAUUGUGCAAAGAUGAUGAACACACAUCUUGGAAAUAUUCAGGAAGUUAUAUUACAAGAACACUUGGAAAAAGAAGAUGAAAUUCUGGUUUCCCUGGCUGGUUUGAAGCAGAUCAAGGAUAUUCUGAAAGGUUCCUUGCGUUUCAACCAGAGCCAACUGGAAGCUGAAGAAAAUGAGCAAAUCACGAUAGCAGAUGACCACUACUGUUCCAACAGUCAGAACAAGGGGACAAGUGAUGUCCUGAAGGGAUCUGUUAUGACAAAGCAACAGUUCAUCCCAGGACGUCAGACUACAACUGACUCAAGCACUAGUGAAAGUAAGAGUGCUGAUGACUAUAUUCUGAUUUCCAAAGAAGAGGAAGGAAAUAGAAACACUGCCCAAGAGCCAACGCAGUCCCUUCCGACACACAAGGAGGCACCGGUGAAGCAGGAAGCUCCAUCUCGUUCUUCUUUGAUAUUCUCUGAUCCGCUGAUGGGCUCCAUUUCAGCCUCCUCCAGUAAUCUGAGCUCCAGCCCUGACGAUGACAGUAGUAAUAACAGUAAAGAUUCUGAUUUUACUAUUGUCAGCCCCCUGGACCUCUAAAGAAACAGGUGGGGACAGAUUGUGAGGUCAGUUGUUACACCUCAGCUCAGAUUGCUUUGAUUCCAGGGGCUGGAUGAUUCUUUGGAUUAGAAGGACAGGCAGUAGAUAAAGGUAACCCACUUCAGUUCCCAACAGCCUGGAUUAAAAAUAAAUUAAUUAAUAAAUUUGGUUGCAACUCAUCAAAAGAAUGCAUACCUUUUAAUGUCUGCCUUAAGUAAAAAUCCAGUAAAACCCAGUUCUAAUAUACAGUUAUAAUUAGUUAUAGAAUUACCUUAGGAGCUUGAUUACUGUAGAACUGUCGCUUUCCUGGUACAUAGAAUAGUAUAUGCUGAGUGCUAUAAUGAAUUAGGAAAUAUAUAGAUACUUGGCAUCAGACCUGAGGUGGCAAAGACGAGCCAGAUUUAAUAACUUCCUUUUGCAACAUAUGCCAGACUGGGUUUUCUGAGGGGGAAAGGGUACUCUCUCUGCAGAGACUAUGCUUAGCAAAAUAGGGCAUGUAUAUCAGAAAGAUUAAAAGCAUCAUCCUGACACCAGGCUUAUUCUCGGUUGAGGACUCCUAGUUUCUUCAGUUUCAUCCGCCAGUAACUUGAGGUGUGUUAGAGGCACAGGUCUGUGUGCCAUUUUUAAUUGUUCCUCAACACUGUGUUAAAGUAGCAUCUGUUACAAAUUCCUUGAGGAUGGGGACCUAGACAACAGAGCCUAAUUUCCCUUUGCCUACUCUUUUCUCCCAUCAGAAGUUUCAGUGUACCUCUUCUCCUCAUUAUGUCUGACUACUUUUACUCUCCCUGACAUGAAUUAAUUUUGGCCUUUACUGAGAUUAUUAUGAUUAAAACAGUAGGUGCAAGGGAAAUUACAGUAUCUGAUAGUGUAGACCUGAGCCAGUUGAACUAAAACUAGCUUGAGUAUGAUAACUUACCAGGGAAGGGUGCAAAGAGAUAUGAAAUAUUCAUAAUUAAAAGCACUUUAUGUCUCAUUACUAUUAUCUAUAGAUUCUGUUUACAAACAUGCCUGUAUGAUGUCUACAUUUCUAGUCAAAAAAAAAGAUAACGGUGCAGCAACGUUAACCAACAAAGUUUCUGCUGAACUCUGUAACUUGUUCUUCUAUGGAAAAGUAUAUUUCUUUCCCAUCAAGUACAUAGUACAUCUAGUAAAAUUUUUUUAAGUAGAUAAGAUUUUUUCUGUACUCACUGAUCCCUUUAAACUCUUUGGAAUUCACAAAAAGAAGUUAGUGUUAAAUGGAAACCUGUUCUUUCUGGACCUACAUAGAACUAUCCAUAUAAAAGAAUGCUAUAAAGUUACUCUAUUUAUAACAACAGCAAAAAAAAACUGUAUUAUUUAAUUUUAAGCUACAUAUACAGUACACCAUGCAAUAACUUUGUAAUUGCAUGGCAAAGCUUAUGUUAAUAGGCAAUUAAUAAAUGGUAGUUAUUUGCUGAUUAGUCUGUAAUUGUACAUGGAGUUAAGUAGAGUGUUUCAAGAUGAGGUGACAUGUAGUUUGCUGGUCUUAAAUUUUACAAGGUCUGAGUGUCAGUGACUGAAAUGAAAAAAUAAUUGUCCUGUAAUUACAUAGUAGCUGCCAUAUCCUUAUAUAUUGAAAAGCCACCAUGUAAUUCUUCUGAGAUGAUAUGUGCCUUGUAAAAUGAUAAAAUACUAGAAUGUUAUGAGCAGGCAUAGCAUCAUACAUCUGUGUGACAGGCUGAUAUGAACAGUCAGAUGACUGUUUAUUUAGAUGAAAGAUAUUAAAUGCAUAACAUUUUGGAGAGGUGUUUAUUUUGGUUUAGUUUUAAGCUUGAUGGAAGAUCAGUUCAGAAUUCAACAUGCGUGUCUGUCUUCAGGUUUAUUUUAUUUCCCUGAGCUUGCAUGAAUGUCAGGAGAUUAAAUCAGUGGCUGCUGAUUUAUUUAGGUUUUUCAAGCUUUUCUAGCCUUCAACCCAUUCAGCAAGGCUUGUGCCACCUCAACAACAGUCUGUUCAAGAGCUACCUGUGGAAAGAGGGAAGAAAUAUUAUGGAGACAGAGGGAAAAGCAAAGUUUUAUGUUCUGUGAUACAUAAGCCUUCCAAGAUUCCAGUACUUUAGCAGGGGAAAAUGUUUUUACUUUUUUAUUUUUUUAAGAAUCAUUUUUUCAAUUUUUGUUCUGGUCUUUUGUUUCAGGGAUCACAUUGUAAUUUUCUUGAGCAGUCUCAUUGCCAAUAAAAGUGUGAUUUAUACAGUUCUUUUAUUUUUGUAAGUUAGUUAUAUCUUUAAUAUUGCAUAUUUUAAAGCAGUGCUAAAAGUAUAAAAAAUUGUGGAGUGUCUAACAAGUUUUCACUAAUCAGUGAAUACCAAUGAGCUGAAUGCCCGUGAUGCCAUGGAAUAUGAUAAAAUCCCCAGGAGAAGAGAGAUGAUUAUACGGAUGAGAUUAGAGUGAAUUGCAAUAGAUGAAUCCACUUUGGUUACACCAUGUCCUUCCACAUCUCGAAUAAAUAUUCUCUGAUACUUGAUCAUACUGGGAAGUUAGUUAAAAUUUUAUAUAGUCAUUAAGCCAGAAACCUAUGAGUUAGACAGAAUGUCAGAUCAUCACCCUGUCUUGCCUUAUGGUAGGAAUAUACCGAGAAAGAAAUUGUCAUUUAAAAUGCAAGAUUAUUCUUUAUCUUCAAAGAUGGCCUGCUCAUAAUGUUCAUGGAUAAGAAUAUCCAGAUAGAAAAUUAUAUGCAUUGGAAAUUACUGAUGAAAACUAAAAUGGGAUAAGAUAUGUAUCUGAGACUGUUGGACUGGAUCUCACAUCUGUAAUUUAUGAUUGUUUCAGAUCUCUUGCAUGUCAUGUCAGUUGUAUGUACAGCAGAAAGGCAGUGUCAUAUUUUGACUGGGUAUUCAUUUAGUCGUGGAACUUUGUAUCUUUACUCUGGAAGAGCAUCUAGCCCGCUUUAUUAAAGAAAGAAUUAACAAAU